CUUGAUCUCUUUCACCUACUAACAGCCCAAAUACUUGUCAGCAGCUCUGGCCAGCUCGCCACGUCCCAUUAGACGCGAUUUCGCGGUCCAAAACACUCUUUCACCGCCUUUCCCUCGUAAAUUAUGAGGCCAAUUUUUAUAAAAUAUCGAGUUAUCAGAUUUGAGGUAUAUGGUCAGUGGCAUUUUCUAUCAAGUUUCCUGAAUGCUAACAUAAAUAUUCCUCGUCUGUUCUAGUCUUCAUCUGUCCUUGUGAAUAUGACCAUGGUGUCAUUGCUGAUGGCCUCGCUCGUUGCGGGGUCUAUAGGCGUCGCGGAAGCAUGUUUGAUACUAUUGGACGGACUUGCACCUGUCAUUACCCUAUAUACGAUGGUCUGGAGGUACCUCAGAUACGGGUGGUGGUCCAAAGAAGAAAUUGACGAAGUAUCAAAGGUUCGCAGUAUGGUGACUUUUAGCGUUCUCUUUGUGAUUACUCUUUCAUCGUCGAUUCUGACCACUGUUCUCGAAGUACAAGGACAGUUGAUCCAGAGUUUUGCCGCACUUCCGAACCCGAAACCAUUGGCCAUUGCUCUGGCUGUUCUAUCGUGGCUUUCACCACUGGCAGGCAUCGUUGGCUUUGCUGUUACAUACAGAGAAAAGAUCCUCCCCCCGCCCGUCCUUGAACCUCCCCGAGUGGUACGCAGACUAUACAGUAAUGAUACGGUGAACCUUUCUAGGACGCAUUCGAUGGAAUUGGGCCACAUAACAACGGAGUACAAGAUAGGCAGCUUCACUCCCUGGGAUCCAUCAAGGACUCAUAGAACCGUCAUACCGAGGGUGCAACUAGAACCAAGCUGUCGAAUUCCAGACUCGGAACGAUGGAGCACCGUGGCGCUAGACUAGAAACUGGGUCCACUUGCCUUAUUCCUGCGCAACUAUGUCUGUUCGUUCAAUAAUACAUAUGUCUCGAAGUCAAAGGUUUUAUAGAUCAGAUGAUGUGUCAAGUCCAGCAAGAGUAUCCGGUGGUGCGCUAUCGCCGAUUUCCCACUCAAUGUCAGGUUCUCCAUCCAUAUCGACGCCGGUAGGUUCAGAUAUUACAGAUAUAUUCCCGUUUUCGAUGUAUCCAACAUCCAGGGGUGAAAUUUGAGUG